AUGGGUCACCAGCAGCUCUACUGCAGUCACUGGCGGAAGUUCAGCCAGGGAUCUCGCUCCUGCCACGUCUGCUCAAACCGCCAAGGUCUGGUCCAGAAAUACUGGUUGAACACGUGUUGCCAGUGUUUCCACCAGUAUGCAAAGGACAUUGGCUUCAUUAAGUUGGACUAA